CUGCUAUGGCGAUACACGUAGCGCGUAACAGCUGCCUAGACCAGUGGUUCCCAAACUCUUUUCUCUCAUAGACCACUUUCAAAACUUGGCUGGAUCUGGUGGACCCCCUGCAGCUAAAUAACUAUCAAUUUUUGUAAUCAACGAACGCCAGAACGCCAUAUAAACGCCAGAAGAUAGUGAAUCUGAGGAAUAAAAAGAUACGUCCUUAUUAUGGAAAAAAGUGUUUUUAAAAACCUUUGAAGAUCUAUGCUGAUGUUGACUAACGAAUUGUCAAAUCACUGCCAAGUCAUCAAAGUAUAAUCAAGUAUAUGUGUUACUUAUAAAGGAGUAUUUAAUUAUAAAUAAUAUUUAAAACUGUAACCAUGCCAAAGAGGCGAUUUUUGAAUCUACUGCUGAUCCUCUUCUAUACAUUAGGAUGUAAUGCAUAUGUGACGAAGAAUGGGCACUCCAUAAAUUGCGGGGGAGAGAACGGAGCGCCAAGGAUCACACCCUGCUUGGAGUUUAUUAUUUUGCAGUACAAGUCCUCCUACAAUGUGAGCUGCGAGGCCGAGGAGCCGGUAACGUGGUGGAGUAUCCACAAAAUAUUCUGGAAUAUAUUUGAAAAAUCCAACAAUUCGGCGAGUUUAAGUCUGGAUGUUGUAUCGGCGGACGAUGUGGGCGCCUACUACUGCAUCAAGAAGUCGGGACUGAAAAAAUACCUCGAAAUCGAUGAGGAGAUGUUGGUGGAGAAUUUAAACCUGGAACUAGCCAGCUCAAUUUAUAUUUAUGUGAACGAUACUAGAAAGAAGCUAGUUCCUCAUCAACCAGUUGUGAUAUUUGGGCUGUACGAUAACCUGCUGAUACCUUGCAAGCCCUCGAUGCCCGAUACGAAGGUUCAGUUAAAAGCCGAAAACAUUACUUUAAGCUCCUAUACAGACAAAUCCAAUCAAACUAUCCCAACUUAUAACCCCAUGAGAGGCUUUGAACUAAAAAACGGAAGACUUCAAAAUGGCAGCCAACUUAUCUGUUUGCCACAGGACCCUUUUAAGGAAAAUUUAGACGAGUCAAUUAUAUACACUGCCAAAACAAGGGUUGGUUUCAAACAAAUGGAUCGUCCCAUCAUCAGAAGCAAUUUUGGUCACUAUGUCGAAAAGGGCUUCGAUGUGACUCUCACCUGCGAGCAGACUGCCUCCUUAAAAGCCAACUUUGGUAUGGAUUGGUCAAUGCCACUUUACGCCAAGAAAAGUCUCCAUACCGAGACUGGGUAUAGUUCCUACAACUUAAAUAUGACUUACCAAUUAUGGAAAAGCGAGUUGUCCAUAAAAAGUGCUCAUCCUAUUGAUAGCGGAGCUUACCAGUGCAUAGUAAAGGAUAAUAAUAUCUCCACUUCUGCUACCUACCACGUAAAAGUUCUAGAACCCAAUGAGGUGUUUCUGAAUAUAACUGAGCCAGAAUUGAAUAAUCUUGAUCACCUUAAUUGUUAUCCCGGCCAAGUUAUUUGGAUAAAUGCCUCCUUUAGUGCCUAUCCGAGGCCAAGCAUCCACUGGUAUAAGCCAAAUGGGAGGGAGAUUUGGCCUUCGGAACCGCAUUUUGAGAUCUUUUACGAGAAGUCGAGCACCUCUUUGCGAAUAGAUGUCCAGCAGGACGAUGGCGGCGCUUAUGUCCUGCUAGUUGACAAUAUAUUUCAAAAUGUCAGCCGGCAGUACAACGUGACCGUGAGACACGAACCCAAACUGAUUGCACCUCCGUCGGAAAUCUAUGUCCAAGAGGGAAGCACCUUCAAGUUGGAGUACUAUGUUCGAGCUGUUCGACCGGCUAGGGUGUCCUUUGAGUUCAGGACCUGCACUUUAAUGCCCCGAUGGCCGAACUGUCAAAAUGUCUCAACUAAUCUUCCCUAUGUAACAAGACCAGGUGCGGGGCAAGGAGAAGUGACCUAUGAGGUCACAUACCUUCCAGCUUCUCCGGGAAUUCUCACAAUCUUUGCAAAUACUACGGUGGACGAAAAAUAUGUCACCGCCGAUUCACGAAUACUUCUAUCCGAUUUGGACAGUGAUAUGAAUAUUACACUUCUUCCACCUAAUAGGCAGCCUUAUAAGCAUGACAAUAUAAAUUUAACCUGCGGAGCUUUGGAAUACCACUUUAAUAAUAAUCUUCUGUGGUUCCGCGACGGCCAGAAGAUGAAUAAUUCUAAUCGUGUUAAAAUUAUAAAUUUAAACGGCACAUUUUCCUACAAGAGUACUUUGCAGUUUUUAGACAUUGGCGACAAUGACAGGGGGAACUACACCUGCCGAGCUUUCCACAUCGAUAUCUCUAAGGAGUACCAAGAACGGAAUUUUAGUCUGACCAUCCAUAAUACUCCGCCACCGGAAUGGCAGCGUCCCAACACUAGUGAAACAUCCCAAAUGGCACGGAUGUUAAAUGAGUCCUUGAUACUAGAAUGUAGCUUCAGAGCCAUUACCCCCUACAGGGUCCAAUGGUUCAAGGAUGACAAAGAACUGACCGAAAGGAAUCAAACGCGCGUCCUUAUAAGCGACUCCAAGCUAUCCAUCCAGCGUUUGCUUCUGAGGGACCAGGGUGUCUACAAAUGCAGAGUAGAGAACCGAGGGGGCAUGAUUGAAAAAUCCGUGGAAGUAGUUAUUACAGAUCCGAGCUCAUGGUGGUUGGGUUGGGGAAGAAUCCUUAUAUUACUUAUUGCGGUCAUCUUCUUAGCUUGCCCGGCCCUUUGCUGCUUCCGCGCUCAUAAGCGACGAGUUGCGUUGAAUGCAACCAAAAGUGAAGAGUUUGUGGUGCUAUAUGAACAUCUUCCACCUGUUUUUAAGAUCCCGCGGGACACCCUAAAGCUGGGCAAGCAGCUGGGGGAAGGAGCCUUUGGAGUGGUACUCAAAGGCGAGGCGAAAGGCAUCCGUAGGGAUGAGAGCACCACAAACGUUGCCGUAAAAAUGGCCAAACGCUCAGCGGACAAAAAGGUGAUGGAUGCUUUUAUGGCUGAGCUAAAAAUCAUGAUCCAAUUGGGCCAGCACGUGAACGUGGUGAAUCUCCUCGGAGCUGUUACCAAUAAUAUUGAUAAAAAUGAGCUCAUGGUCAUUUUAGAGUACAGUCGGUUUGAAAAUAUUCAUAAUAUUCUGCUUAAGAAUAGAUCUGACUUUGUUAAUCAAAUAAAUCCUCAAACAGAUCUUAUUGAUCCCAGUUAUCACAUUGAUACAUUGAUUGACAAUGAUACUGACUCCCAUGAUGAAGCUACAACAUAUACGCCCAUCUGGGGCUCGAAUUAUGAAAACGACUCAACGAAGCCCAUAAAAAUUACGACCUCCGAUUUGGUCAGUUGGGCCUUUCAAGUGGCCCGAGGCAUGGAGUACCUCUCUUUCAAGAAGGUCCUGCACGGUGAUUUGGCCGCCAGAAAUAUUCUGCUCUGCGAAAAUAACGUGGUUAAGAUCUGUGACUUUGGUCUGUCCCGAUCCUUGUACCAAAACUAUUACAAAAAAGGGAGUGGAAAACUGCCUAUCAAGUGGCUGGCACUGGAAUCCCUAAGCGACCAUGUUUUUAGCACCUACAGCGAUGUUUGGUCCUAUGGCAUCGUCCUCUGGGAGAUGUUCUCACUGGCGAAGGUGCCGUAUCCAGGUAUUGAUCCCAACGGACUCUUCCACAUGCUCAUCAACGGCUACCGCAUGGAGAAGCCCCCGUAUUCCAACCAGGAAAUCUAUGAAAUCAUGCUGCUAUGCUGGAGAAAGAUUCCUGAGAGCAGACCUUCGUUUAAUGAGCUGGUUCGCCGUUUUUCGGAAAUAUUGGGAGAAGAGAUUACUACUCAAUACGUUGAAAUGAACAACCCCUAUUUACAGAACAACUUGGAGCUCGCAAAAAUGCAACCCACUGAUUACCAGGCUCUGUUGGGAUCCCCAAAUGAAGCGGCACCGUCGCUUCCUCAUUGCUCGCAAUAAUUCCUCCAUUUAUAUACUAUAUUAUUUGUAUAAUAUUUCUUCUGUUUUAUUAAAUUAAACUUAUCAUUUA